AUGACUAAGUGUUCAUCAGACUAUAAAGAGAGCACUAGACGAGAAAAGACAGGAGCAGUGGAUGAGAAGGACAGGAGGACAGGAGCAGUGGAGAAGGACAGGAGAAGGACAGGAGAAGGACAGGAGAAGGACAGGAGAAGGAAAGGAGCAGUGGAUGAGAAGGACAGGAGCAGGAUAGGAGCAGGAGGACAGGAGCAGUGGAGAAGGACAGGAGAAGGACAGGAGAAGGACAGGAGAAGGAAAGGAGCAGUGGAUGAGAAGGACAGGAGCAGACAGGAGGACAGGAGCAGUGGAGAAGGACAGGAGCAGUGGAGAAGGACAGGAGAAGGACAGGAGAAGGACAGGAGAAGGAAAGGAGCAGUGGAUGAGAAGGACAGGAGCAGGAGGACAGGAGCAGUGGAGAAGGACAGGAGAAGGACAGGAGAAGGACAGGAGAAGGAAAGGAGAAGGAAAGGAGCAGUGAAUGAGAAGGACAGGAGCAGGAUAGGAGCAGGAGGACAGGAGCAGUGGAGAAGGACAGGAGAAGGACAGGAGAAGGACAGGAGAAGGAAAGGAGCAGUGGAUGAGAAGGACAGGAGCAGGAUAGGAGCAGGAGGACAGGAGCCGUGGAGAAGGACAGGAGAAGGACAGGAGAAGGACAGGAGAAGGAAAGGAGCAGUGGAUGAGAAGGACAGGAGGACAGGAGCAGUGGAGAAGGACAGGAGCAGUGGAGGAGAAGGACAGGAGGACAGGAGCAGUGGAGAAGGACAGGAGCAGUGGAGGAGAAGGACAGGAGGACAGGAGCAGUGGAGAAGGACAGGAGCAGUGGAGGAGAAGGACAGGAGGACAGGAGCAGUGGAGAAGGACAGGAGCAGUGGAGGAGAAGGACAGGAGGACAGGAGCAGUGGAGAAGGACAGGAGCAGUGGAGGAGAAGGACAUGA